AUGAAGGCCACGCUGCUGGGCGCCCGCGCAGGGCGGACUUUGGGAGGAGGUGCCAAGGUAUGCAUGCCAAAGUGCUGCAUCGGUCCCGAGACCCAAAAAGAGAAGGCUCACUCGAUGCAGGGCAAGCGACUGAAGGGUGCAAAAGCCCCCACUACACUGGAAGACAUCAAGGAUGAUGUGGGGCUAGAACGGCUGCACAGCGGCGCUGAGGAAAUCAGCAAUUUCUGUGCCAGUCUUCCCGCAGGCAGUGAGGACGCUGAGGAGUGCUGGCUUGCUUACAGAUACUUUGUCGAUCAAACAACCUCUGCAGAAGUGGAGUGUGAUCUUGAGAAGGCCCAGGGCUACGAGGGCCAAGCAUGCAGUGGACUGGAGCAUUGGGAGGAGUUCAUGUGGGAGGCUGACUACAACAGCAGUGUGCGAGACACGGUCAUAACACUGUCGGGAAUCGCGCGAGCAAAACAGAGGAAAAUGGUGGCCAGUGAGGCUGCAUCCACUACUGCCGAAGCCGAGGUUGAGCGCAACAUACCCACCCGUGUCCCGCAGGCAACAGCUGAAAGCUUUCUUGCACAGAAUGGGAAUCGCUACAGAGACUUGUUCUACAAGAUGGAUCACAACAACGAUGGCCUGCUUGAUGUUUCGGAGUUCCGUGAGUCCAUGAAGACCUUAGGGGAUGAGCUGGAUGGAGACGCUGUGAGCACGAUUUUGAAUGCCCUGGACAUCCAUUACACCAUCAACCUUGAGCAAUUUCUGACGAUUGUUGAGGCUGAGAACCUUAGGUCGCACACCUCCAUUGCCGAAUACCUGCGACACAUGUCAAAGCGCCAGAAAUCAAGCAUUUGGUGA